ACGCGGUGUCUCGAGCAUCAAUCGAUUUCCAACGGACUUCGAAGCUUCUCCUCUCUCGUCUUCUAACAGACCACACGGUUUACAACCAUGAAGUGCAUCGCGAUGGUCGUCUUGCUCGCCCUGGUCGGUGUAGCUCUGGCGAAGCCUCUGGAAACAGAGUCGAUCGAGCCGGUUAAUAGCGAGCCAGUGGCAGCGGAAGCGGAGAACUCGCCGGCUCGGGACAAGCGGGGGUUGUUGUUGGGUGCGGCAUACACCGCGCCUGUCGCGUACACCGCGGCGUACACCGCCCCCGUCGCGUACACAGCCGCCGCUGCCUACAGCUACCCUUACGCCGCGUACACCGGCUACCCCUAUUACGCGGCAGCUUACUCCGCGCCCUACUACGUUCUCUAAACCGCCGAACACCAACCAACUCACCCCGUCUGAUCUAACCUUGACGUGUGCAUCGAAACCGACUCCAUCGAGAUGCACGAAUGAUCGAUUCCGGAUAAAGAAUUAACCAUAUCGAUUGACGAAACUGUUUAUACAAUUUUAAAAAUGUUAACUGAUUCUCUUUUAAAUUGAUUUAUAAUUCGUAUAUAUGUAUAUAGCUUAAU